CUGCUGUGUGUUCUGGGAGACAGACGGACUCGGCCCCGCCUCCCCAAUCGGUGGGAGCGGGGAUCACUUCCGGUGGGGAGCCCGGGCGGCGGGAGCGCGGCAUCGGCAGCGGCACCAUGGGUCACACCGAUAUCAUGGGAGCGGCGGAGGACAUCGCCGACCAGUUUCUGCGAAUGACCAAGCAGUAUCUGCCGCAUCUUGCCAGAUUGUGUCUAAUAAGUACCUUCCUGGAGGAUGGAAUUCGGAUGUGGUUUCAGUGGAACGAGCAGCGGGAUUACAUUGAGGUCACCUGGGGCUGUGGCUACUUCCUGGCUACCUGCUUUGUGCUGAUUAAUCUAUUCGGGCAAUUAGGGGGAUGCAUCCUGAUAUUAAGUAGAAAUUUUGUACAAUAUGCCUGCUUUGGACUAUUUGGGAUUAUAGCAUUACAGACUAUCGCCUACAGCAUUUUAUGGGAUCUGAAGUUCCUGAUGAGGAACCUCGCACUUGGGGGUGGCUUGCUGCUGUUGCUUGCUGAGUCCCGGUCGGAAGGUAAAAGCAUGUUUGCUGGAGUUCCAACAAUCAAGGAGAGUUCGCCGAAACAGUACAUGCAACUCGGAGGCCGGGUGCUGCUCGUCCUGAUGUUCAUGACCUUGCUGCACUUCAACUCCAGUUUCUUCUCAAUUAUCCAGAAUGUCGUGGGAACAGGAUUGAUUGUCUUGGUGGCGAUUGGAUUCAAAACCAAGCUGGCAGCUCUAACCCUGGUCAUCUGGCUUUUCAGCCUCAAUCUCUACUUCAAUGCAUUCUGGACUGUCCCCACCUACAAGCCCAUGCAUGACUUCCUCAAGUAUGACUUCUUCCAGAGCAUGUCUGUGAUUGGAGGGCUGCUCCUUGUGGUGGCCCUGGGCCCUGGUGGUGUAUCCAUGGAUGAAAAGAAGAAAGAGUGGUGAUUGGUGUCACGUCUCCAAAGCCACAGCCCUUUCAUCUCCCUUCUUUCCCUGCUCUCUCUUCUCUGUUCCCUCAACAUACCCCUCUUUCCUCUCCCCAGUGAACACUAUUUUGUACUGUUUGUGUGAUUUUACCCAGACUUCAGUGUAUUUGCAUAUUCAGGGUAUAUAAUGCUCCACCAUUCAUUUUGGUAACAUCACAAAACAGAGCCUUAAUCUUUGAUUUCACCCACUGAAAAAUAAAUUAAGAUGUCACCAUAAGACCUAUUCAUAGUUCACACUUUAAAUAUUGUGUGAUUCUGUAAUAGAGUGAGCCCACCCCCUUAAAAAAUGAAGUAAACUCACAAUUUUGGCUCCGGCUGUUGUGGAGUGAGCUCUCUUUAUAUAUUUGUGUCUUAAGAAGAAUUGAGAGAAGGUAUUGAAAAUUUUCCUGUUCUCUUAGGUUGCAAUCUGCGACUGUCUGACAGAAGUCUUAAUUACUGUAGAUUACAUUUCAGUAUAAUGGUUACAUUCUCAAAAAGGGUUGCAACAAUUUCUCUUAAUACAAAAGAACACUAAAUAUACCAUAGUUGUGUACCCUAUCUUAUCUCCUACCCGGACAGCUUUUGUACACAAGAUAAUAAUUAGGAUUGGGAGAUCUGGUUAAAAAUUAAUGUAUCCAUUUGGAUUGAUAUUUUUAAUUGUAUGUUACAUUUACACUGCCAACCAAAGCUCUUUACCCACCCCCCCCCACCC